AUGGCGGCUGCCAGCGAUGUCGUUUUAGCCUAUGAAAACACGUAUAGAAAUCUUCACCGUCCAGCAGUUAUCAUUGGAGGAUGCUUUGCAGUUGUAGCAGUGUUUCUCUCCCUUUUUCUCAUUCUUCAACAUCUCAGAUCGUACACAAAUCCUGCUGAACAAAAAUGGAUUGUUGCCGUUGUGUUCAUGGUUCCUGUCUGUGCUACUGAGUCAGUGAUAUCAUUGUGGAACCCAAGACUUUCCCUUGCCUGUGACAUUUUGAGAAAUUGCUACGAAGCCUUUGCUUUGUAUUCUUUCGGAGGCUAUUUAAUUGCUUGUCUAGGUGGUGAAAGAAGUGUUGUUGAGCUCUUGAAAAUGAAUCUAGAAAAGCCAUUGCUAGAAAGAGCAGAAGAAGACCAACAAAUACAUCAAAAGUCAUUCAGCAUCUUGAUCCGUCCAUUUCUCAUCGGAAAAGAACUGCUCACAAUAGAAAAAUUCGGUCUCGUGCAAUAUAUGAUACUGAAGACAUUCUGUGCAUUCUUAGCACUGUUGUUGUUGGUCUUUGGUGUUUAUAGGGAUGGAGAAUUCAAAUGGUACUACGGGUACCCAUACAUAACAGUGGUUAUAAACUUCAGCCAGAUGUGGGCACUAUAGCUAGUGCAGUUCUAUGAUGUAACUCAUGAAAAGCUUCAACCUAUAAAGCCACUAGCAAAGUUUAUCAGCUUCAAGGCCAUUGUCUUUGCCACUUGGUGGCAAGGAGUAGGCAUUGCUCUGCUUUGUGCAUUUGGGGUUCUGCCGAAAGAAGGGAAGCUGCAGACUGCAUUCCAGGACUUAUUGAUUUGUAUAGAAACGGCAAUUGCAGCCGUUGCUCUUAUAUUUGUCUUCUCUGCGGAACCUCAUCAUUUUCUCCCAGUUCCUGAGUACAGAAAGGUCACCGCUGAAACAACGAAAGCAGAAUUGAAGGUAGAGCUAAGCAAUAAGGAAAAACCAACCUUGCUAGAAAAAACAGAAACUCAGGUUAAGGCACCUGGAACAAGCAUCACAGAGAGCGUCCAAGACAUUGUUGUUGAAGGUGGCCAAUGGGUUGUGGAGGAUGUCGUUUUAACUAUAAAUCAAGCAAUAGGACCCAUGGAGAAAGGUGUAACAAGAAUCCAGGAGACCUUCCACCACAGAAAAGCAGAUUCAGACAACAAUCAUAAGGAGGAAUUGGGAGUUGAGGAACAUGUUGAGCAGCAGCAUCCUUGGGCUAAUGAAAGUCAUCCUGAGCAGCAUUCGUGA